UCGAUGUCGAUAUCCUCUCCAAGCUCGGGGUCUGCCCAUACGGCCUCGUCGCCGGCGCCUUUCUUGAGCAUCUGCGACCAAACAUUCACGCCGCUCUCCAUGGACAGCAGCGAUCUGGAUCUCAUGGACGAAAGAGACAGAGACAGAGACAGAGACGGCGAUGCCUGUGCUGCAGAACCGAGGAAAGCCGAAAAUACGUGCAUGCCGGCGCUGCAGGUUGCGGAGGACGACGGGGGAAACCGCCAGUUUGCGCCCAAAGCCAGCGCUGACAGGACCAAAGACACAGACAUCGCCAGCAGCAUGGUCCAAUCGCCGCCAGGCCCUUGUAGCGCCACUGCGGCACCGCCAGCGGAAUACGACCUCGCUUCGACUAAAAAUAUUACUAGUUCCGAAUACCAUCCCCCAACUCCCUAUUUUCUCGCUCACAGUCAAUCUCGCUCCUCUCCCUCGCAGCCACGAGACGCGACAGCAACUUCGAGGCCAAUAAGAACAACAACGGCGGCGGCAACGGCAACGGCGGUGGCGAUAGCGACGACAGCGGCGACAACAAUAUUACGACCAAAGCCAAAGGCCCCGCCUAGAAACACCAACACCCAACAACAACCGGCCACUACCUCGUCGGUUAUCCCCGAGGCUACUACAGAACCUGCUCUAGUCCGCAGGGUUUCCAACGCCAGCGUGACAAUUCGGCAUCCAGCACCGGACCUCAACACCCGGUCUGGUGCCUAUCUCGGCAACAUCGCCGCCCUCGAGGCAACUGCCGAGCGACUUUCCAUGACCAGCUCCAUCGAGGACGCCAUCCGAGACGCCCACGACGAACUUAAACGCAGCGACAGUCAACGGUCAUCCAUCCUACGCGCCAACAGGGCUAGUCGGGCCGCAAGCGACGCUGGCUCAACAUCGGGACUGCCCCACCUAACCGUGCUCAGCAGACAGAGCUCCAUCCUCAGCACAAACAACGCUGCUCGGCUCGGGGGUUAUUCGCCCGCUGGCUAUGUCAUGAGCCCGAAUCAUUCGCUGUCGAACGCCUCGUCGCGGCUAAGAUCGGGGAGCAAGGCGAGCUCCUCGGGAGCGCCGCCUCCUGCCACCGAAAUCAUGGAUUAUCUCACCCUCUCGCCAGAUAUCGGGAGCGGCGAAGACCUCGGGUUCAUGUCGCGGCAUGGACCAGGCAAGAGUUCUGUGCGGAGCGUCGUUUCGGCCAAACUGCCUCUAGCGGAGAUCGCAGAGAUGGAACCACCCAUGACCCUGACCCAGGACGCCCUCGACGAGGCAGAUCGCGCGGCCGAGGCCCACGAGGACACUACCGACGAAGACGCCACAAUCCGGGCGAGCGCAUUCCAGUAUAUAGAUAUAGACGUGGGCCUGGGCCUGGGGAGGGCGCUAGAACUGGAUGACAUCGACGCCGCUGCGGACGCUCAGGAGGUGAUGCAGCCCAUGCUUCCAAGCGAUUAUAUGGGCCUCCCAUCUCCCAACCGGCUCCAGUUACACCAGCCGGAUUCUUACGUGCACUAUGGGAACUUUGAGCACGAGCGACCCACGACCGCCGAGUCCGGAAUGACCCUCGAACAGGCCGAAACCGCCUUUGGCGACUUCGAUGGCGUGCACUGCGAUCCUGAAGUGCUUGAUUUCCCGGAGCCACUCCCUCGGAAGCCUUCUCCCCGACAGACACCACGGGCGCCUCAGCCACCUCGUGCUCCUGCCCCUCGACCCACCUCAUACUUUGAUGCUGCCACUGGGCAGCAAAUGCUCUUCUAUCCGGCCAGGGUGCCUGCGAUGCUCAACUUGCCCCCGAAGCUGUCCAAGAACUCGGUACCCACAGCCCGUAAGAAGGUCAGAUCCCAGAUUCUCAGCGCGAUGCCGACAGAAUCACGUGAAUCACGGGUGUGGCUACCUGACCCUCUGGAGAGCCUCGGAGAUAUGGGUAGCCCAUUGAUGGGCGAAGAGAGCAGUGGCCACGACCCCGCGGGCCUGGUAUCACCGGGAGACAUACCCUCGCCGGAAAUUGUACCGAAACCAGACCAAUUGUUGGCUGGGCAUUCGAGACAUCCGUCUGAGACAGGAACAAUAGUGCCGUCCGACUCCCAAAAGCGGGACAUCCAACGCCAAUCGCGCAUGAUGGAGAGCGAAAACCGCAAAUCGCACAUGCCGGUCUCUGGGGACCUUGCUCCGCAGCUCAGAGCUAGCGUGUACUUCGACCUGCCACCAGAAGCACCGAUAAUCGAAGUCAAAGAUGGCUCUGCCACGGCCACGCUUGACAGCAUCCUCAACGCGUCAGCCAUCGCGCCCGUCAGCGCGUUCGUUGACCACACAUUCGCCGGCAAGCUCGGCGCCGAGGUGUACGGGCGCGAGAAGAAGGCCAAGAAGAAGGGGAAAGAACCCGCGAGCAUGGGCCACAAGAGAGGCGGCAGCGGCGUCACCAUGCUCGGUGUUGCCGAGCCCAAGAAGCGCGCGUCUAUACUAUCACUGAUGGUAGGGGGACGGCAGAAUAGCGAGACACUCGAUGUCGAUGUCGAUGGACGGCGAACCGCGCUCGGGGUUGCUGGAGAAGGAGGCAUUCGCCGUGUCAGCUCUGACGGCAGCUCAGCAACGGGACAUGACCAGCCACUCACCUCGCCCGGCCAACCCUUGCCCCGCGAAGAGAACGAGAAGCCCGAGGAAGAGGACGGCAAAGAGGAACAGGACGAAGACGACGAAGACGACGACGAGGACGACGAUCAGUACCAGGGCCCGCCCACAACGCUCCUAGCCGAGCUGCAACUUCGGAAGCAGCAGCAGAAGCUGCGGACACGACCUGUACACAAGGUGUACCCGAAUGGAUUGCACAGCACAUUGCUGGAACUAGAUACUGUUGCAGAGGUCGAGCGAAAGCAAAGGAAGGGCAAGAGGGUCAACCUUGCGUGGGAAGACCCUACCGCCAACCCAGACCCCGUGGAGGAUGAGAACGACGACGAUGUCCCCUUGGGUAUGCUGUACGCUGCCAAAGCCGCGGCCGCCGCCAACGGAGGAAAUAGAUCAACCGUGGAUAUCAGCGCCGUGAUGAGCGAAAUCCAUCGGCCCCUGGGGCUGAUGGAGCGUCGCGACAUGGAAGAGAACGAGCCGCUGAGUCGGCGCCGCGAUCGCCUGCAAGGCCGGGACCUGGGCUCGUCGCUGAACCUCAACACCCUGCAGAAGCGGAUGAGCAUGAUGACGCUCACGCAGGGCGGGCUGGGUGCGAGAACCCAGUCUCGCCUGAUGCUUCCGUUGCAGCAGCAAGAAUCCCUGUCAGUGGCCGGUGAUGACGCACUGGGCGCGGAGGCCGACCCGGAGAUUGAAGGCGAGACGCUUGCCGAGCGAAGGCGGAGGUUAAAUGCCGAGACGCUGCCACGUGCUCGUCCCGUCAGCGGGGCGUUUUCGGCGGAGCUUCUGGGCCAGUUCGACGACCUGGACGAGGACGAGGCCGGCGCAGACCCCAAGGGCAAAGGGAGGGAGCGGAUACCCACAAAAUCGCCUGACCAGGACAAAGAAGCAGAUGAAGAAACGCUGGGCCAGCGCCGCCGGAGGCUCCAGGCGGAGCGCGAGGCUCGAGAGCGCGAGAUGGGGCCCGGCGGAAACCCGAUCGCCCGCUCCCGCACCCCCCUCUCCCGCCCCAUGUCCAUGGCCAACAUCCUCGGCGCCCACCCUCUCGACGGCGGCGGCGCGCAGCAGCAGCGCGUCGUCCAGCAGGACCCGCGCGAGCAGCAGCGGCAGCGCGUCGAGGCCGAGGCGGCCCGGGCCCAGAGGGAGCGCGACGCGCAGAUGGCGGCGAUGAGGGCGCAGAUGCCGCAGUACCUGACCGGCCCGGCCGUCGGCGCCGCCAACGGCGGCUACAUGAGCGGGCGCUUCAACGACGGCCUCGGCGGCGGGGUCGGGUCCGGCCAGAGCCUGGUCUACGGGCCCGGCGCCGCGCAGCAGCGGAUGGCCAUGUACAGCGGCGCUGCCGGGUACGGCGUGGGACCAGCGGGAUCCGCGAAUAUGGCCCCCGCCAGUGCCUAUGGCGUGCCGAUGGGCAACCCGGCGGCGUACGGCGGCGGCGUGCCGAUGGGUGCGGGGGCGUAUGGGAUGAAUGGCCCCUACAAUGGCGUUGGGCCGCUACAGAUGCCCCCGACACAGGGCCAGCUCGACAUGGUUGAGCGGUGGAGACAGAGUGUCAUGCCUUAAGCCGCGCGCCGGUUCUCAGUUGGCUUUUUGGGAAUCUUGGAAGGAUCAAAUGGCAUCAAUCUACACGAAACCCCCCUCGCCCGGGGAGCUCUUCCUUUUCCUUGGCUGGGCGGAGAAGACGAUUAUGAACAUAGACACAUGUUUGGGGUCAUGAUUGUUGUUAACCUUUUUCUUAAUUAGCGUUUUGGCGAAACCCGGUUGGAUUCUCGUGUUGCUCGGCGGCAUACAUAGCAUUGCAAUCGGAGUCGCGCUUGCAUAAACGGGGCACACAUGGAAACUAUAUAGUAGUAGUACCUAUUUACUUAAUCAUUAUUUCGGGCUGACAUGCCCUCUCCUAUUCUUCUCUUCAGAUGGGAACUUGGCCUUAUGGUUAUCAUUGUUGUACCUCUAUGCUGAAACGGGUAUGUGAUGACGAUGAUUGGUUUGUACAGGACAGU